CAUUUCGUUCUGUGAAAAUUGAGGUCCUUGCGAUGAAUGGAAGAUAUUCUUUCUUUAUGGCGAUUAUUAUUACCAGUUGAAGCGAAUUAUAUCGUGUAUUCCUCGCGUAUUUCUCUUGCAUGCCGAUUUGAAAAAAAAAUGGAUAGUGCAGCGAUUUUAGUGCUACUCGCCUUGUUAACCGCGUUCGUUAACGAUGCCGCGGCAUCGUGCAGGGAGGUGGCGAACGACGAAAUGUUGGAGUACUUCUGCGAGGGUGGUUACCCCGCCGACUUGGACAGCUUACCGCCGAGGACGGAGAAAUUGCGGAUCACCAGGAUGCCGCUUCGCAGAAUAACCGCCGAGACAUUUUCGCGCUUCAACAGGAAUCUCAUGGUAUUGAGUUGCGUGCAUUGCGAGAUUACUGAGAUUGACGCGGACGCGUUCCGAGAUCUCGUCAAUCUUCAGCAACUCAAUUUGGAGAGCAAUUAUCUGACCACCGUGAAAGCAUCAUGGUUCAAGGAUCUGACUUACCUUACGUACCUCGAUCUCAGCUAUAAUCACGUACGCGAUAUCGAAGACGACGUCUACGAAAAUCUGCGCAGCCUCGUGGACCUCAGGAUCUCGGGGAAUCGACUGCGAUGCCUGAACUUGGACGAGAUGUCACACCUAAACGAACUGAAGCGCAUAUUUCUCGGCGAGAACUCCGAGUUCGCUUGCCCGCAUGCGGUCAGCAAGUUCCUCAGAGAUCGAAGCGUCGUUUUUGAAGAGGAUCCUGAAUGGAGAAAACUCGCCAAUGAUGUGAUUCUUGUUGACGUGCCGCCGUACUAUGCCGAGAAAGAUCGCACUACCGCACCGGCGUACCGCGAAAGACCGCAACCUAAUAGGAGGCCAUCCUCGGAGGAAACGAGACACGAUGUACCUCUAACGAGAAAUGGAAAUGGGCUCUAUCCCGAUCAUCGAUCGGAGCAUACACGUAUGCGUAACAGAAGACCACACAUGACCACUACCAUGCGACCAGCAACGCCCAAGACUCAGGACAGAAUGCCCGUGCCACGAGUGGAACCGCGAUAUCCAUCUGCAGACCCUAGAACUCCCAAUGUAUCAACGGAAUCGUCGCAUGAAGCGAUGCAUCAUCCAUACUCAACGCUGGAAACGCCGCGAGCACCGCCCGUGGAAAUGGAAUCGUCAUUGGAAGAUAUCGGAAUGGCAGAAGCUGAUAAAUCGUCGGAAACGGAACGUACACCACCGUAUACUUUAGUCCAUGAAACGAUAACUCGUCAGUAUCCGACUUCGUAUCCAACGUAUCCUCCGCAUUCUCCCCCCCUUCGCACUUCCGAGGCAACUUCGUAUCCAACGUAUCCUCCGCAUUCUCCCCCCCCUUCGCACCUUCCGCAGGCAACUUCGUAUCCAACGUAUCCUCCGUAUUCUCCUCGUCCUUCAUAUCUUCCGCAGGCAACUUCGUAUCCAACGUAUCCUCCGCAUUCUCCUCGUCCUUCGCACCUUCCGCAGGCAACUUCGUAUCCAACGUAUCCUCCGCAUUCUCCUCGUCCUUCAUAUCUUCCGCAUCCUUCGUAUCCGACAGCGGAGGAGGAUGCGGAAGUUAGAGAAUCGGAAUUCCUAGACCAUGAAAAGGCAGCUGGUGCUGGCAAAGCAUUAGAGAUGGAAAACGCAGUUUAUCCGCAGCACGACGUUCGCGUUACGACGUCGUACGAUCAGGAAAGAGCGGCUUAUGAGUCCGGUAAAAUGACACAUCCACCACCCAACGAUUUCGACACACGUACUUCGAGAACGUCGAUGGACGCAUCUACCAACGCCCCGAGCGAACAUCCGGACAAUCCAUCCUGGAUGCAGGAUAAGACACGUUACGAGCAAUCUCUUCAUCUCACCACAGAUAACGGACAAUGGAUAGUAGAUAAUGGACCGUCCACGAAUAGGCCAGAUUUUCAGACAACGUAUCGAGGGGGACACGAUCCAUAUAAAAUGCUCGAUAGAGGAUCGGAUACCGAUGAUCCUGUUGUCGCAGCGGGUCAGGACAAGGCAGAUCUAUCGCAGACAACGGUACCCAACGUUGCAUACGUCAGACCUUCGCUACCCCCGGGAGUGCAUUCGCCUUCAACGGGCCAAUUCUACCAGACGUAUCACGAAACGAAAAUGCCUCCACCGUUACUAAUCCCGAAUGAAGAAUCCGAUGAGGCAACCGUGGGCGAUCUUCUACUGGAGACGACAACGGACAAGCCAACCGAAUGUCCAAACAAUUCGGCACUGAAAAUCCGACCGGACACUAUGCUAGUGAUCUCCGUUAUUAUCGCUGUUUUUCAGCGCGUCAUCGCGGAGGGAUUUUAGUUCGAGCACGUUUCGUUAUCGAGAGAUCGGCGGGAUAAAUUGCGCGAUAUUAAAUCUGAUGUUGGACCGCACGAAAGAAUCUGACUGACGUUUUGUCGACGUAACGAAUGCAUCGAAACAUCGUGUUGUUGUGCCUGGAUAUGAGCGCGCAUUUAUAUUUAGCGUUAUAAUUCUUCCCCAUGUAUCUAGCUACGUCGAGUACCUCUUUAAAGAUGCCUCGUAGAUCUAUUAACCAGACACACGGAUAUUUUAACCAGAGUGAUUAAAAA